AUGGACAUCGACUCCUCCGAUUACGAGGGGUCUGAGGCCAGUAGCCUCUCUUUGGUUAGCCGGCACGUUAACCGCUUGCAGCUCGAUCUCAACACCUUGAGAGCGCACGUUGCUGCGUGCGAGCGACGCAUCAGGGCCCUGGAGCAGCAGGCUCCCCCUCCGACGCCUGCGCCGGUUGUGUCCGCCUCUGCUGCUGCUUCCGGUCGCGCAGGGGGUGUGGCGGUAGCAGCUUCAGAGUCAGAAUUGUCAAACCGUCAAGAGAGCAUGGAUGUGACGGCAGCAGCUUCAGAACCAGACUUGUCAAAGCUUCAAGAGACCAUUCGCGAAGCAAUCUUCUCAUGCAGUGAGCCGCAGGUUCUUCAGUUGCCUUGGGAAAUGCCGGGUUUGAAUUUGAUUUUUGGCAAGGGUGCUUUAGAUCAGCUUCUGCCUGCUGAGCCUCCCAAAAUAGUGUUCCCAGUCCCUACAGCGGCAGAUGCUCCGAUUGAGGAACAGGCCAAGGCUGCAAAGAGGGUUAAGACUGCCGCUUUUGGGCAGCCUUGCUUCCGUGGGUGUGUGAACUUCAAGAACGUUCUUUCGGAUGCUGAGCUUGAAGCUGGAGCCUGGCAGAGAUCUCUUGAGAAGUGGCAUUUUCUUUUGACCUUAGAUCCUUCGGUUUCGCUUGUGGGUUCUUCCUUGGCCGGCAUGGGAACUGCUGAUGGCAUGCAGUCCCUACGCGAACUGUUUGGCAGGAAGAAGGUAGCCACUGUGAGUAAGCGUGCGGCAUCAUUGCUUAAGUACGUAAAGUUCAUGCAGGAGUGUCGGCCCUUUUCAGGCCCCUUUCCUUUUUCCACCGAAAAAUGUGAUGAGUAUGUCAGGCACUUGAGGGCUUGUGAUGCCAAAGUCGGAGCUGUUGACGGGUUCACUGAAUUGGUGAGAUUCGCGAUCCACGUUGUAGGAGUCAGUUGCCGCGGGCCUUCCGACAAAAUUUUCAGCCCUUGGUCGAUUGGUCUUAAAGGCCUCAUGCAGUCGCAGAAGGCAGAGCGUGUGAGUGCACUUGUUUUGUCUGUGGAGCAAGUCUCUUGCCUCGAGGCGUGCUUGGGCAACUCAGAGCUUGAUGCCAAGGACCGUUAUGCCUGUGGCGCUUUCUUGUUUUGCAUCUACAGCAGGAGCCGAGUCGGUGAUGUGAAGAAAAUCCACAGGUGUAUAGUGGACACUGUGGAUGCAGCUGGGGAAAUUCAGGGUUUUCUUGAAUGUGGUACUCGGGUGCAUAAGUCCGCAAGGCAAGCAGCCGUGCAGGGAGUAUCUAUGCCUUUAGUCGCUCCAGUCUGGGGUGUUGGACCAGAGCCUUGGGGACCCAAGUUCGUUGCAAUCGCUGCUGAAGUUGGUUUAGCGUUCGACUCGGCUCGCGCGGGGCCUCUUCUUCCCGCACCACUGGAGUCAGGCGAGUGGAGCCAGAGAGCAGUGACCACAGAUGAGGCUGGGCAGUGGCUUCGUGCGCUACUCAGCCGAUGCAACAAAUGCUCCGAUGGUGUGUCAGGGCAUUCGCUUAAGGCUACCACUCUUGAUUGGUGCGGCAAAUAUGGAGUCAGCGAGCAAGCUCAAACCCUUCUUGGUCACCAUGCCCUCAAGGGUUUGUCUAUGUAUGCUUAUAUGCGUGACAAGCUUGCGGCACCGCUGAGAGCUUAUGACGGAAUGCUCCGAAGCAUUCGGCAUGGCCUUUUCAUUCCAGAUGCAACUAGGUCCGGGUUAUUCAAAGCUGAAGGUGAGGCUCAUGUCAUGGAGCCCAGCCACGCGCCCAGCCUCAGCACGGCCCCUCCUCACGUGCGUGAUGGUGGGGUUUUCGGAGACGAGACUCCUGUUGGGUCUGAAGGCGAGGCCCAGCACUAUAGCAAGGCUGCAUGGACGCCUGAACGAGAAGCUCAGUCUUUCCUUGAUAAUCAAUUCACGGGUGAAGCUGAGGACGAAGCUGAUGGAGUUGAGAGUCGGGCCCCUGAGCCCGCGCCAAGUUCUUCGUCCUCUUCAUCGUCGAGCGACUCGGACAGUUCUGAUGGGGAGCCCGGGACUGACUGGAUCGAUGCCUUCGAUUCUGGGCUCGGGAAUUCCCUUGAGAAGUCUAACCUCUCUGCGCCUGACAUGGAAUUUUGGAGACAUGAUAAAACUAUGACCAUCCACUCCAUUGCGGUUGGUGCUUCUGGAGAUGUGUUCACUUGUGGUCGUAAGAGAACAGGUGAUUACUCAAAGGUGACGCAAAGCGCUUUUCUGGAGACUCGUGCAAUGGCGGGGUUGCCUGUGGCAACUUCCUUCACGGAAUCCAAGGCUGCUUUCGCUAAGAGAGCUUUGGAGGUCGGGCUCGCGCAAGCCGAAGUGGACCAUCUUGUCUCCAAACAGGUUGACACUCUCUCGAAGUUAGCUUUUGUCCUGGUUCCUCCUGGGAAGGUUCCUGAGGACAGUGCAGUCGUUGGGCUGCUCCCAGCAGGUUCAAGUCAGGGAGCUAUAGCAGGGCUCAAGCGGCUUCUUUUCGAAGCCCAUACAUUGAUUGUGUCAGCCCUCAAACAAAAGGUGGAGCGCACUGAGGAGUCCUUGCCUCUCACUCUUGACAUAGCCGAGCGAGAAGAUCGUUUGGCAAGCCAGAAAACACGUUUGGGCGGGUUGACCUUUCAAGGUGAAGAGGAGGUCGCUCAUGGUGCAUACGACCUUGUCUUCUCGAUGGCCCAGAAGAACGAGCUCAUUUGGUUGGCGCCUGAGAAGUUCAACGCACGGCGUGCAGAAAUCAGUGCCAAGAAGCCUUCUAAAGAGCUCGUCAUAGAUGGGAGCGGCGUUGCGGUUAAAGAUAAGCCCCAGGUCCUUAACUGUGCCAUCAACUCUGACUUAGACUUGGUUUUGGCCAUGCGCCGCAGAGCGCUUGCAUUCGACCUUGUGGGGCUCAUGAGUUUUGAUGUGGCUAACCGCUAUCAUCAGGCACUUGUUCAACGUCUCCAGGAGGCUCCCCCUCCCAACUAUGCCAAGGUCUCUAUUGCUCAGGUUCUCCGCGCUGAUCGAGCGGCAUUCCUCCGGCUAGCAGAGUUGCUGCCCACUUUGCGCCGCAGCGGCGCGGGCAAGCUUCCUUUGGACGAGCAGCUUCCCAACAUCCUGCUCGACCCUUCAGUCGCUUACCACUUGUUUCCCCUGCCAGCAGGUUCAACCUCCACUGCAAAGUUGGAUGACAGGACGCCAAGCCUGGCGGAAAGUGCGCAAAGGGCCUUCACUUGUGUGCAGAGCCGGGGCCUUGCCGCGUCAGACAGAACUGUUGCAGCAGAGGCUACUCUUCAACGACUUGAAGGGCAGCCUUUGAGCGAGCUCGUGACCGUGGAGGUCUUUUGCGGAACUGGGCGGCUCAGUGCUUCCCUUCGUAGUGAAGGUUUUGAUGCCUUCGGUGUCGACCAUGUGGUCGGCAAAACUGCAUGUUGUUCAGUCCUUCAGCUUGAUCUUACUUGUGCGGCCUCUAUUGCACAUCUGUGGAGCAUCUUGAAGGAUCCUGCUGUCAAAUUCAUUCAUUUUGCGCCGCCCUGCGGUACCGCAAGCAGGGCCCGUGACAUCCAGUUUCCCGGUGCCCCACCUGUCCUCCGCAAUGAGAGCCACCCUGAAGGGGUUCCUGAUCUUUCGGAGAUCCCUGCACUCAGAGUGCAAAAGGCUAACAUGCUGUAUGAGUUGACUCUUGAGCUAAGUUCUUUCUGUCUUCUGAACGGCAAAUAUUUUUCCUGUGAAAAUCCGAGCCGCAGCUACCUUUGGCUGCUUCCUCAGUGGCAGCAGUUCUUGAAGCGCUCGGAUGUCUUUCAAACUGUUUUUCAUCACUGUGAGUUUGGUGGCAUGCGUCGCAAAGAGACGCUCCUGGUGCAUAACAUCCCCAAAUUCCGCGAGCUUCAUCGUUUGUGCUCUGGCAAACAUGUGCAUCUGGGCUGGGGCAAGGUCGGCCGUACGUGGGCAACAAGCGCUGAGACGGCCUACCCCUGGGGCCUCUGCAAGUGCAUGGCGAGCUUGCUGAAAGAUCACUUUUUGGAACUUGGCUGUCGCCCAUCUCCCAAAGCUAUUGCUGAAGGCGCACCCACCAUCCAAGGCGCGCGUGCCUUCACUGGAGCCCAGACUCGCAAGCGCGUGCCUCCGCUGCUUAGCGAAUUCGCUUCGGUUCACACUGUCACUGUGCCUUCCAAUCUUGCCGCGUCUUUCUUGCGCCCUGGCCAAAAGCUCCCGUCUCCGUGGAAGCCCGGGGAUGAUGCUGCUUGUUCUCCGGCAAUCGAGUGCUUUCCGGCAGGUAGCCGUGUCCUUCGUGCCCAUGUGGUGCGCAGGGGGAUUGAGGUUGGCCCUAGUCCCACGGCUUUUUCCCCUAGUUCCGGUUUAGUCCCUGCAGCCCCUCGUGUGUUAGGUGCCGAGAGUUCUGAGAAGAACAGUCUGCUGAAGCGUCCUAGCAGAAAGCGUCCUUUUGCUAAUGUUCUUGGAUGUGCUGAGGCUUCUCUCGGUCUGAAUCCUGACGAUACCGAGGUUCGAGAAGCCAUGAUGUCGGGUUCUGCCGAGCGGGUUGCUUUGCUUGUAAACAAGUUGCCUAAGGUACACCGCAAAGACUUGUCCUUGUUGCUUGACUUGCUUCCUUCAGAACCUCUUCGUUGGGAGGGCGAUGCUGGAGCGAAAUCGUUCCAAGGUGGCAGCUUUGUUCACGGCCCGAUGUGCGGGGUGCGAUCAACGACCAAGCAGUUCCCGGAAACUGUCAAGGCAAUGUGCUCUUAUGUCAAAGGCCUUUUUCCAGGUUUGGAGUUCGGAACUGUUGGGAUGUUCAGGGAUGUGUCUGCUCAGCCACACCGGGAUUCGAAUAAUGAAGUCUCCACAGACAAUGCAAUUGCUGCGCUAUCAGAUUUUUCUGAUGGCUCUGUGUGGAUGGAAGAUCCUGCGGGUGACGUCGAGCUUGAAAUCAAAGGUCGCGCAGUGAGAGGUGUUUGCAUUCCCGUCACCCAUGAAGGCUUCAGGUUCGAUGGCCGUCGCCUUCAUUGCACAAGGCCUUGGACAGGCCGGCGUGACGUUAUUGUUGCGUACAUGCCGAGGGGCCCUAAGAAACUCAAAGCUGAGCACGCCUCUUUCUUGACGAGCCUGGGAUUUGUGCUUGAUCGAGCGACUUCGGGGUCCCAAGUCUCGCCUGGGGACAUGACUAAGGCUGUCAUUGGUGUGUACCGUACACCAUCACAGUUUGUUGAACAGGCAAUUAAGGUUGGGCACCCCACACAGCUCUCCGCUCUCAUGCCUUCCGAGAUCUCCUGUGCAGUCCGGAGAAUCCAUAAAGAAGGUGAGGCAAAUGUGGCCAAGGAGCGCACCGCAACACUUCGCCGGUGGGUUAGCAGAGCAGCCGACUUAGAGCCAGCCGAGCGCGUGCUAAAGGCUGACCUUCCUCAGUUUCGAAAGGAUGUUCUUAGUCCUAAACGCCUCGCUCUUUUCGAGGAGCUGUUGCUUGAAGUGGGACAUGAGGACGUUGACCUUGUCAAAGACAUUGCCCAUGGGUUUGACUUGACAGGCAAGCUGCCUAGAUCAAAUGUUUUUGCUAAGCGCUUUCGUCCUGCGGAGCAGAGUGAAUCUCAACUUCGAUCCAGCGCUAAGAGGCUGCGUGAUGGUCUCCUGGCCACGAUCAAAGCUUCAGAGGAUCCUGUGAUUGACCAAGGUGUUCUUAAGGCGACGAUGAAGGAACUUGAGCGCGGCUUCGUUGAUGGAACUUUGUCUCCAGACCAGAUCCCUGAAGAUGCGUCCUUGACACAUCGUUUCGGAGUCAUUCAAGGGAGCAAUGAAGACGGUCCAAAGGUGAGGCCCAUAGAUAAUUACCUGUCUUCCCAAGUUAAUGCCGCGGUCACGCAGGUUGAACAAGUCAGCGUGCACACCAUUGACGUGGUGGCCGGGAUGCUGGCCUGUUGGUUAAAUGAGUGGUUCAUCAGCGGGCGCCCAGAGCACAGCACGCCUGUGUGCAAGGCGUGGGACCUGCGUACCGCCUAUAAACAACUUCCCCUUUCGGAUUUAGCUUAUGCCUUAGAUAGUUUCUUUGUGCUCUUCAACAUUGAGCGUGGGGCGAGCGAAAUCUAUCGCCAGAGGGUGCUUCCCUUCGGCUCAACAGCCAGCGUGACCAGCUUCAUAAGAACAGCUUACGCCAUUUGGAAAUUAGGUGCCGUAGGGUUGACUCUUGUCUGGAGUGAAUAUUUUGAUGAUUAUCUGAAUCUUUGCGGCAAGGCUUUUGCUCGGCAUAACGACUUUGUAAUCUCCAUGUUAUUCCAACUGCUGGGAUGGGAAAUCUCGAAGGAUAAGGAGCUCAGCUACGAUGCACUUUGCGUCGUCCUGGGAGUGCAAGUGAACCUUCGUGAUGCCAAGCUCGGUUUGGCUUACUUGGAGAACACCGUGAAGAGGCGGACUGAGGCGUUGUGUGACAUUGAGCGGGCUUUAGCAACUGGUAAGCUUGAACCUAAAGAAAGUGAAAAGCUAAGGGGCCGGUUGCAGUUCGCUUGUUGCCAAAUUUUUGGUCGGCGACCAAAGGCGGCUUUGAAGUUGUUGUCGCAGCACUCCAGGCAACGCAGAUGGGACGUCAGCCAACUCACGCGGCUUGCACUCACUCAGCUGAAAAGUUUCCUUGAAAGUUCCAAGCCACGUCCAGUCAGGGCGCGGCGUGAAGACUUUGUCCAUGUGUAUGUGGAUGCUUCCUUCGAGCCAAACGGCCAUUGUGGUUUGGGGGGAGUCGUCUUCAGUUCUUCUGGUGAGGCGUUGUGCUGGUUUGGUCAAGCUGUUGAGCCAGUACAUGUGCAGAAGCUUUUGAAAGCUGGUGACCGCGAAAGGGAGACAGUGAUCUUCGAGCUUGAGGCGCUUGUGCUCAGCAUUUGCCUCGAAGCCUUUCGCCCGUACGUCGAGAGGAAAGGUGUUGUCAUUUUCACUGACAAUGAGGGCGUGUUCGGAAGCUUCGUCAGAGGCCAUAGUGACAAUGCUUCUUGUGCUGCCUUGAUCGACUUCUUUGCUUGCUGCGAAGAGAGCCUUGAAACGAUCUGCUGGCUAGAUCGUGUGCCAUCCUCUUCCAAUCCUGCAGACGACCCCUCGCGUGGCGUGAGUAUCCGAGGUGCACCACGUGUCGAUCUUGACCUGAAUCUCUUGAGUCGCGCGCUUCCUGAAGUCUUUGGGUGA